AUGAUGCGAAAGCUUCAACUAUUAAGGAAUGGGCUAUGUACAAGAGAACAUGAACUUAGUCUUUUGCUAUCGAGAUACGUACGAUCGUUUCCGUCUAAUGUCAAAGUUUGGGGAUCUUCCGUUAUCCAGUUAAAUCCAGUAUUGGAUCGCAAUAUCGUAAGCAGGAAUAAGCUAUUAUUCAGACGAAGGUUCAAGAGAUGUCGGAUAAUGCUAAAUGGGAAACCAAUUUACCCAAACGGUUUCCAACUAUCGACUUUAAGACCUCAACUGGGAGGUUCAGACCUUUUUAUCGCAUCUCCACCUAAUAGUGGAAAGACUAUAUCGUAUAUUCUGCCAGAAGUUUUGAAAUAUCGCCAUGGACAGUUAGAUUGCACUGAGAAACAGAAGAUCCUCGUUCUGGUCCCUACUUUGGAUCUAAUACUACGAGGGACUAGAAUUGCAUCAGGAGCUCUGAAAGAUGUAGCGAAUGUGCAGCCAUUAUACUACAAAACUCUGGCGAAUAAUGAAGAUCUAUCGGAUAUAUCAAACGCAAAUGUGAUUUAUUCCACACCACUGUCUGCAUAUAGGUUACUACUUAAGCAACCAGUUAUAUUUAAUAAUGUUCGCACAUUGGUUAUUGAUGAAGCGAAUAGGAUUUUGCACGAAAAAUCUUCCAUCUUUGCAGUAAAGAUAAGGAAUUUGUUACCGGAGAAUAUCCAGAUCAUUGUUUUGGCACCAAGAAAUGAGGAUAAACUACGGCAGUUUGCGUCGAGAUUUCUGCGUGUUAAUUUUAGAGUAAUAUCAUUCUGCCCAGAGUACAAGAAUGUACCGAUAACUCAACACAUUCCGGGGCCGCAAAGAAGUGGCACGCCUAUUCCGGAGGAUUUUGAAGUUCAUACUCUGAUACCUAGAGAAAAAACGGAACUGGAAGAAAGGGUUGAGAAAAAUCGUUUAAAGGUUCUAGAUCAUUGUAAAAUACGCCAGGUCUAUGUAGACAAGGAUGUCAAAUGUGAAUAUAUUUUGUAUAAACCCAUAGAUUUUACAACCACUCUACUUUCCGCAAUCUUGGAACACGAUAAAGUGAUAGUGAUAUUUCCUACGGUGAAAAUGGCACAAUUUUGCUAUAUAUUUUUCAAGCAUAUAAUGGAGAUACAUUGUGAUACUGGCAAGCAGUUUUAUGCUUUGCAUGGGCACCUUUCCCUUGAAAAGAGGAGGUUUGUGGUUGACUUAUUUUCAUCCUGUCAGAAUGGCAUACUGUUUGCAACAGACGUUGUCUCUGUAGGAUUAUCGUUUCCACAUGUUGAGGCUGUUAUUCAAGUGGGAGCUGCUCGUUCUGUGGAUGUUCUCUCUGAUAGGAUUGGUUGUUCUUUCUAUCACGAAUCAGACAAAAAAAGUGGGUACAAUUUACUUCUUUUGCAUGAUUUGGAUACACACAUCUUGCAUGAAGCAUCUCAACACAAUUGUGAUAUAAAAACUAGACGUGCAGAUACCCUCAUAUACAAGUGCCACAAAAUUGAUACAAAAUGGGUAAAUUCCCCAAGCUAUCUUGCAUCUUGUGAAUUAAUGUAUAGAUCACUUCUUGGCUAUUAUUGUAAUAAUGCAGAUCGACUAAAGUUUCAGCGCUGGCAAACUCCUAGCCUUGUGAAUGAGAUUAUAAAAUCAUUUGGUUGUAGUAAUGAGUUUUCUGUGAGCAAACAAUUUGCCGCAAGAUUGCAUCUGUUGAAUGCGCCUGGAUUGGCUGUAAAAUACGAUUCCAUAGAAAAAACGCAGUUACAAGCAGCAGUGCUUGCAUAUUCUGGUUUCAGAUCGCGUGUUCUUCAGGGAGGCAUUUCUGCAAAAGGAUUUUCAAAAGUUGCUGAAAUGCAAAUUCAAUCUGUUCCCUUGAAGUGCAACCAAGAAUGUUAAUUUUUCCGCUUUUGUAUAUGAUACAUGUGCUUGUGCGAUUUUUUCUUGUUCCAAUUUUCUCUAAUUCUGCUUCUAGUUCUCGUUCUAUUUCAAGUGCUGCAUCCCAGUACGAUCCUUCGACUUGUUGUGGUUCAAUUUCAGGUUCAUCUGUUUCUGGAAGGUCGACUUGUAGCCUUAGUGACCCUGAGGGUAGCAUCAUGAUUUUGUCCGUUGUUCGCUUUCCUUCAUCAUAGAGACUUUCCAAGUCUAAUUCUCCUUCAAGUACAACUUUACAAAAGAGGUGAUCGAUCUUGAAGGUCUUGAUUGCGUCCUUGACCUUGAGGAUGUUCUCGUCGGCAGAGUAUUUCCAUUUUAGACCAUCCACGUCAAUGAGUUCCCUUUUUGGGAAUAGUACUUCCCAUUUUGUGCGAUAGCGGAUCUUGUGUACGAUUUUUGCGAUAUUUCUGUAUGCUUGAGAUUCUGUUAGUGCUCCCAUGACGAGUAUUUUCCCGUUAGAGUAUAUUUUACACAUUGAAAGGGGUUCUAGCAAUAAAAUUUUGACGGAAGAAUGUGAACAUUCGCUUCUAGAAAGACUGCGUGCAAGGAGUAGAAGAUCAUCGUGUGUAAAGCCCUUGGAGCUGAGCGUUGCAGAUGCCCAUGUGACAGAGAUUUGGGACGAGAGGAUUUUAAUUCCAUCAACUUCAAGGUUGAGAUCCCUGGAGCCAAAGGACGGCUCAAGCGGUGGCAGUCU